AUGCCCCCCAGGAAGAGGACAAGGGCGGGCUUGGGGUUCCUGUGCUGCUUCGGCAGUAGUGAGCCCCUAGAGAUCAACUUAAAAGACAGUGUGCCCUUGCAGCUACUUGAAUUCAGUGCACCCAUGCCGCCUGCUGAGGAGCUGAAUGCGCGUUUCUCAGAGCUGGUGGACGAGUUGGAUUUGACUGAUAAGAACAGAGAGGCCAUGUUCGCUUUGCCCGAUGAGAAAAAAUGGCAGAUAUACUGCAGUAAAAAGAAGGAACAAGAGGACCCAAACAAGCUAGCUACAAGCUGGCCGGACUACUACAUUGACCGAAUCAACUCCAUGGCUGCUAUGCAAACCCUGUUUGCCUUUGAUGAGGAAGAAAUGGAAAUGAGGAACAAGGUGGUGGAAGAUCUGAAGACAGCACUUCGGACUCAGCCAAUGAGGUUUGUGACGCGCUUCAUCGAGCUGGACGGUCUGACCUGCCUUCUCAACUUCCUGCGUAGCAUGGACUACGAGACAUCGGAAAGCCGCGUCCACACUUCUGUGAUCGGGUGCAUCAAAGCUCUAAUGAAUAAUUCUCAGGGUCGAGCGCACGUGCUCGCUCACCCGCAGAGCAUCAACACCAUCUCACAGAGCCUGCGAACAGAGAACGUAAAGACCAAAGUGGCCGUACUGGAGAUUCUUGGGGCGGUGUGCCUCGUCCCCGACGGACACAAAAAAGUGUUGCAGGCCAUGGCUCACUACCAAAAAUACGCUGCAGAAAGGACUCGUUUUCAGACACUGCUGAAUGAGCUGGACAGGAGUACAGGACGCUACAGAGACGAGGUCAAUUUGAAGACUGCUAUUAUGUCCUUCAUCAAUGCUGUGCUCAACGCUGGAGCAGGAGAGGACAACCUUGAGUUCCGGCUCCACCUAAGGUAUGAAUUCCUUAUGUUGGGCAUUCAGCCGGUCAUUGACAAACUUCGAGAGCAUGAAAACGCCACUCUGGAUCGGCAUUUGGACUUUUUUGAGAUGGUUCGCAAUGAGGAUGACUCUGAAUUGGCCAAAAGGUUUGACAUGACCCAUGUAGACACCAAAAGUGCCAGUGCUAUGUUUGAGCUGGUUAAAAAGAAGCUGAGCCACUCUGACGCCUAUCCACACCUCCUCUCCAUCCUUCAGCACUGCCUGCAGAUGCCAUAUAAGCGUGGUGGGAGCAGCAUGCAUCACUGGCAGCUCCUUGAUAGGAUACUUCAGCAGAUUGUCCUGCAGGAUGACAAGGGGGAGGACCCUGACCUUUCCCCUCUGGACAACUUCAAUGUUAAAAACAUCAUUCGCAUGCUGGUCAAUGAGAAUGAGGUGAAAUUAUGGAGAGACCAGGCUGAGAAGUUCAGAAAAGAUCAUGCCGAGCUGCUUGGCAAACUGGAGAGGAAAGAACGAGAGUGUGAGACCAAGACCCAGGAAAAAGAAGACAUGAUGAAGACUCUGAACAAAAUGAAGGAUAAACUCCAGCGUGAGGGUGUGGAGCUCCGUUCAGCAAGGGAACAAGUCCUGGAUCUAUCAACACGAAUCAAUGACAUCUCCCCUCAGGUGGGCAAUGUGUCUUUCCCACAAGCUCCUCCUCCACCUCCAGGAGCUCCAAUGCCUCCACCUCCACCACCAAUGACGGUUGGCUUUCCUCCACCUCCACCUCCGUUGCCCUUCAACUGCCCACCUCCCCCGCCGCCACCUCCUCCACCUGGCGCCCCACCUCCUCCACCUGGAGCCCCUCCCCUUUGUGGAAUCCCACCUCCCCCCAACCCCUCUUCUUUCAGUUCGGGGAGUACGCUGCGCUCCAAGUCCAUACCUCAGCCUUCGCAUCCGCUGAAAUCUUUCAACUGGGCUAAACUAGGAGAGCAUAUGAUCAAUGGCACUAUCUGGAAUGAUAUUGACGACUUAAAAGCUUUCAAGAUUCUUGACCUCAAAGACAUCGAGAAGAUGUUUUCAGCCUAUCAAAGACAACAGAAGGAGACCGGUUCUAUGGAUGACAUCUAUGUCAGCACGCGGAAAGUCAAGGAGCUGUCUGUCAUUGAUGGACGUCGCGCGCAGAAUUGUGUCAUACUUCUUUCAAAGUUAAAAAUGAGCAAUGAAGAGAUCAAGAGGGCAAUCCUAGAGAUGGAUGAGCGGGAGGAGUUGGCCAAAGAUAUGCUAGAACAGUUGCUGAAAUUUGUCCCGGAAAAGAGUGACAUUGAUCUCCUGGAGGAGCACAAACAUGAGCUGGAACGCAUGGCUCGAGCAGAUCGCUUCCUGUUUGAAAUGAGCAGAAUUGACCACUACCAGCAGAGACUGCAAGCUCUGUUCUUUAAGAAGAAAUUUGCAGAGCGCCUCGCUGAAACGAAGCCAAAAGUGGAAGCAAUUCUGAAUGCCUCUAAAGAGGUAGUCCGUAGCAAGAGGCUCACGCAGAUCCUGGAGGUCGUGCUUGCCUUCGGCAAUUUCAUGAAUAAGGGCCAGCGAGGGAAUGCCUAUGGCUUCAAGGUCUCCAGCCUCAAUAAAAUUGCUGACACCAAGUCCAGCAUAGACAGGAGCAUCACCAUGUUGCACUACCUGAUCAUGAUCUUUGAGAAGAACUACCCUGACACUCUCCACAUCCAUCUGGACCUCAACAGCAUACCAGAGGCUGCAAAAGUCAAUUUGGCAGAGUUGGAAAAAGAGGUGCACUGUAUAAAAAGUGGACUAAAGGCUCUCGAGGCGGAGUUGCACUACCAGCAGAGCAGGACGAGGGAGCGUGGAGAUAAGUUUGUGGCUGUGAUUGGGGACUUCAUCACAGUGGCUGGCUUCAGCUUCUCUGAACUGGAGGAUCAGUUGAGUGAGGCCAAGGACAAGUUCACCAAAUCUCUGAAGCACUUUGGGGAGGACGAAGGGAGGAUGCAGCCUGACGAGUUUUUUGGGAUCUUUGACACCUUCUUGCAAUCGUUUGCCGAAGCCCGUCAAGACCUGGAAAACAUGCAGCGGCGCAAAGACGAGGAGGAGAGAAGGGCGCGCAUGGAGGCCAUGCUCAAGGAGCAGCGGGAGCGAGAACGGCGGUCCAAGAAGAGCGGCGCCUCAGACGAGGUGGGAGGGGAAUUUGACGACCUGGUGUCAGCGCUGCGUUCCGGCGAGGUAUUUGACAAGGACCUGAACAAAUUCAAACGCAACCGCAAGCGCUCCGUCAACCAGCUCGUGGAGGGCGGCGGUGGUGGCACAGGGCGGGAACGGGCCGUCACUAAAGUCAACUACUAA